GACAUCUGUCUGUCUGUCUGACUUAUGAAGUUAGAAUCGUAUACAUUUAGGUAUUGCAUUAUAAGUAAUAGUACUUUUUGCGAUGUCUGUAGGUCAUAAUAUAAUAGAUUAUGAAGAAGUGUUACAUGUGUUACCAGAAUCAUUUUCUCAAUCUUGGAAAGAUAAUUCUGAUGUUUUGAUUUAUCUAUCUGAAUUAGGAGCUCUGGGACUUCAGCGAUUAAGCCAAGAACCUGAAAGAUUAGCUGAAGAAAAAAUUGGAAUUUUAGAACAAACUCAAGACUUAGCAUUUCACAACUAUAAAACGUUUAUCCAAGCUGCUGAAUGCUCACAAAAGAUUUUUCAGGAUUUUAAUAUCAUCGAAUCUCGUCUAGAUGCAUUAUUACAUAAAUUACCUCAGUUUAAAAAUAAAUGUUCUGAAUUUGCAAAAGAGGCUCAUCAAAUCAAUGCUAGAUGGCACCAGGCAUCAUCCACUUUAGCCAGACACCCACAGUUGCUUGAAUUUCUUGAAAUGCCGCAGUUAAUGGAUAAUUAUGUAAAAGGUGAAUAUUAUGAUGAAGCUCUAGAAUUAUCAUCUUAUGUAAAAAGGUUAGAAAGAAAACAUGUUGAUAUACCUCUUAUUAAAAGUAUUGUUAAAGAUAUUCAGAUUGCUGCAAAUACUAUGUUAGCUCAUUUACUUGGAAAACUUAGAACAAACAUACAGCUUCCUGAAUGCUUAAAAGUAGUAGGUUACCUUAGGAGGAUGGAUGUUUUUAAUGAAAUGGAAUUGCGAAUUAAAUUUUUACAAGCUAGGGACUCUUGGUUUCAAAAGGUAAUUAAUGAUAUAGAUAAAAAUGAUUCUUAUCAGCAUAUAAUUAAAGUGAUCGAAAGCAGCAGAAUACAUUUGUUUGAUAUUAUUACUCAAUACAGAGCUAUAUUUUCAGAUGAAGAUCCAUUAUUACUUUUAUGUGAAAAUUAUAAAAGUAAUUGUGCAGUUUUUCAUAGCUGGAUUACGUGGAAAAUUUCUUGGUUUCUUCAACUUCUUGAAAAUGAUCUUUCAGCUAAUCUUAGUGGUAGAAUAGAUUCAAUAUUGGCUCAGUGCAUGUAUUUUGGGUUAUCAUUCAGUCGUGUAAACAUAGAUUUUAGACCACUUUUAGUACCAGUUUUUCAGAAUGUUAUGUUACAUAGAUAUCGUUCAGAAGUUGAAAAUGCCACUUUCAUGUUUGAAAAAUUGAUGGAUAGUUAUUCCUUUUCUUCAUAUACAAAUACUAUGUUAUUGGUGCCUAGUUUGCCAGAUGAUUCAAUGCAACCACCUAAUAGUUUACUGGAUUUUUAUCCACUAGCACAUUAUUGUAAUGCUGUUUUGGGCUCUUUUAAUGAACUGAGACUUUGUUGUUCAUUCUCAAUGUAUUGUACUGUUACAGAAAUAUUAACCAAAUCAUUAAAGCGAAUAGUACAAACUUUGAUUAAUAUUCAUUCAAAAAAGAGACGUUUCAUGACAGACAUUGAGUAUGAAAAUUUUAUUAAACUUUGUUUUCUUUUUAAUACUGAUCUUAUAUCUCAUUUCAGUAAGUGUUUGGCAAUGUUAUUCCCUCCAGAGGAUGUGUCUUAUGUGCUUGGUGUUACAUCACUGGAGUUUAAAAAAGUUGAACAUUUAUGUACACUUAAUUCAAAAAAUAUAUCAGAUCCCCUUGCUGAUAUUUUACCAACGAAAGAUGAGGAAGAUGAUAUAGGUUUAGUAAUGAACAUCAAACAGUCUUCUUCAGUUGAGAAUAAGAGUAUUUUAGUAUCUGAUCAUGAAAAUCUAACUAAGAAAAUAACAGAAAAUACUGAUUCGAAUGAACACUAUAAAAGUGUUGAACUAAAAUCUGAAGAUAAAAUUCUUGAAAUAAAUGACGAAAAUUGUGAAGUUUCAAAAAUAAGUGAAUUAUCAGACAAUGAUGAGCAAGUUCUUGGCAAUGAACCAAUUGAAUCAGAUCAUGAAGUAUGUGAAAGAACUAAUGAAAGCAGUUCUGCUUUAGAACAGGAAAACAUUAUUGAAACACCAAAAUAUGGUUUAGAAGAAAAUAUUGAAAAUUCAUGAAAUGAUUUUUAAAAUGCAUGAAUACCUAGGCCCCCUGUUGUCUAGCACUGUUCCACCAAAGGUCACUGAAGAGAUUGUGGUUUUUGCUGCAAAUCGUUAUCCAUUAUGGCGUAAACAGAGCAAAGUAUGCCUCAACAUAACGGCCCAAAGCCUUUGGGAGCCCUUAAGUUUCCUGUCAUGCUUAACUAUAUAUAUCCACACUUAAAAAAAAAAAAAAAAAAAGUCUUCUGUAAAAUAUGAACAUAGAGGAGCCUUGGAAAUACAGAAAACAAGUUGUACCAUUGUGUUAUGUAUAUCAAAACUUCAAAUAAAAGCAAA